AUUACAAAUCCACAAUGGCAGAUGCCGGGGAUCUGUCUCCUACGGAGAGAGAAGCUCUCGCAAAGGAGUUCAAAGAAUUGGAAGAAAUUAGAAACAGAGAAGCAAAAUCACGGGCAGUCGUUUUGGAGAUUCUCGGAGACAUUCCAGAUGCGGACAUUGCUCCACCAAAAAACGUCCUCUUUGUAUGUAAACUCAAUCCUGUUACAGAAGAAGGUGAUUUAAAGAUUAUAUUUUCCAGAUUCGGAAAUGUCAAAAAAUGCGAUAUUAUCAAGGAUUAUGUAACUGGAGACUCCCUACAAUAUGCGUUUAUUGAGUUCGAGACAGAAGAGUCAUGUAACGAAGCCUACUUUAAGAUGCAAAAUGUCCUAAUAGAUGAUAGAAGGAUUCACGUUGAUUUUUGUCAGUCAGUUUCUGGGUUCUGGAAACGAUAUCACGCAAACGAAUCGUUUACAAGACAAAAAUGGAGGGGACAUGUAUCGCAGGGUAAUAGAUAUCGCGAAAGGAGCAGAGAUAGACAUCGCACACAUGACCGUUAUAGAGAAGAACAUAGACACAGAGGAUAUAGCAAACGAGACAGAAGUAUGGAUCGUGAAAGAAGAUAUAGAAGCAGAGAUCGUAGCAGAGAUAAAUAUUGCAAAAGAUAACAAUUACUUGGGAAUUAAAACCUUGUUCC